AAUAAAGACCUCUCAACCAUGGAGACAGCCUUCCCGUUUGGCGUGGGAGUACGUUGUAAACCGCGUUGGUGUCUUCAACGACCCGACUCGGGACUCAACUAUACCACCUCCUCCUCCUCUUCCUUUUCAUGACUUUAUUAGAUUUUCCUUCGUUUUCUUUCUUUCCAAACAACAGAAUAAGUUUCAAACUAUGAUUGUUUCUCGCGAUGCGUUGGCUUCAAAACAUAUCCUUCUCAUCGUCGUCCCCUUCCACCUCAUUCAAAUCCUCUUCGAAAACCGAUGGUUGCGACGCUGCCUCCCUUGAUUUGAGGAAGAGCAAUUCCUGGGAGGAUCAGCGUCAACGUCGCUUUCACCGUCGUGGUCGUCGGAUCGGAGUUGGUGGUCCCACGCUAACCCGCGCCAGGAAGCUCCGCUAUUUGACCGACUACGACGUUGCCGCGUCGUCCUCAUUAAGGUCGCCUGCCUCCGACGCGCCCCAUUUUGCUGCACUUUCGCGGUCGGUGAGCAGCUACGACCACGCCUCUACCUCGAAGUGUUGUUCAGUCGUGGCGGUGCCGUUGCCGUUGCCCCUGCCAGAGGGGAGACCCGAUUUAGCGGACGGGGAAGGGCGGUUGCGGGCUGGGCGUGGGAGAGGCGUGGAGGAGAGGGAGCGUGACGGGGUUCGAGAUAGAGGCAAAGAAAGGGAUAGAACUAAUGAGGGAGUGUUAUCAAAUUCUCCAAUUUCCAGCGUACUUGCUGCCCGAGACAAGAAGACGAAGGAGUACUCAGAGUUGAGGCCAUCUAGGAUUGUGAACCCAGAUUUGAACUCAGAAAGUUAUCGGGAAAAAUUUGGUCUUGUUGCUCCUGCUAGGAGUGUUCCUAAUAGUCCAUAUGCUAGUCCUAUACUUAGCCCACAGAGAAAAAGUAGUGCUGAUUUGUUUUCAUACCAUAACAUGGCUCCCAAAGCAAAUCAAGUCUGGUCUGCUCCGGAGAUGCUAAAUGUAGAUACUUCAGGGCUCCCUUCCCCUGCAUUCUUUGAUCACACUGCAUUUAGUACUGAUAGUUCUCCCCUUCUCAGUCCAUCGAAUAGAAGUCCCCGAAGAAACCUCAGAAGCCCUAGUAGAUCUACAUCCCCUUUUCAUACCAGAUUGUCACUUGAUACCUCGGCUCCGCAAUGGGAAGGGAGUGGUCAUACUGAAGUUCACCGAUUACCUCUUCCUCCAGGAGCAGCAUUGCCUUCCCCAACUGCUCCCAUGUCUCAAGCUGUGGGUAAAGCAGAGUCAUUGCCAAUGAAUUGCCAUUGGCAGAAAGGGAAGCUUAUUGGACGUGGUACAUUUGGAAGUGUUUAUGUCGCUAGCAAUCGAGAAACUGGGGCAUUAUGUGCGAUGAAGGAAGUCGAAUUGUUUCCUGAUGACCCCAAAUCUGCAGAGUGUAUAAGACAAUUGGAACAGGAAAUUAAAGUUCUCAGUAAGCUGAAGCAUCCAAACAUAGUGCAGUAUUAUGGUAGUGAAAUAGUUGAUGACCGCUUCUACAUAUAUUUGGAGUUUGUGCACCCUGGUUCAAUCAAUAAAUAUUUUCGUGAACAUUGUGGAGCCAUAACGGAAUCCGUUGUUCGAAAUUUUACUCGUCAUAUUCUCUCUGGGUUGGCUUACCUUCAUAGCACGAAGACAAUACACAGGGACAUUAAAGGAGCUAACUUGCUUGUUGAUGCCGCUGGAGUUGUCAAGCUUGCAGACUUUGGGAUGGCAAAACAUCUCACGGGAGCAGCAGCUAAUCUCUCCUUGAAGGGAAGUCCAUAUUGGAUGGCUCCAGAGCUCAUGCAGGCCGUGAUGCAGAGAGAUACUAACUCAGAUCUUGCAUUUGCUAUUGAUAUUUGGAGUUUGGGUUGUACGAUCAUUGAAAUGCUCACUGGAAAACCACCUUGGAGUGAGUUCGAAGGGGCAGCAGCUAUGUUCAAAGUUAUGAAGGACACUCCAGCAAUACCUGAAAAUUUGUCGCCCGAGGGCAAGGAUUUCCUGCAUUGUUGCUUUCGAAGAAAUCCUGCUGAGAGGCCAACUGCUAGCAUGCUACUAGAACACCGAUUCUUGAAAAGCCUGAACCUGGAUGUCACCGAGUCAUUGAACGGGAUGAAAUUGAUGGAGAAAUCCUAUAGUCCAAGAGAGCAAACUGAAGUCAAGCUUGAUCUGUCGCCAUUAAGUUCGAGCUUACGUAGUUCAAGUAAAAUGGUGGCUUCCAACAGCUCGAGCUUCAAGCAGCAUUCUUGUACUGCGGCAAGACUGACCGAUGAUCUCACCAUGAAACUUCCUGCUUGACAUUUGGUACAGAAAUUAUUUAUUGCUGACCUUUGAGUCACUUCCUAAGUUUAUCUACUCUCCACCAAGUUGACAGUCCAUGUCAUGCCAGUUCUGCAUUUAUUUCCCGCCCGACCGGUGAUGGACUGCCAUCCCCGAUAACAGGGAAGAUGGAUUUUGCUUUUGCCGCUCGUUUCCCUCGCAUGCCGGUAGAACGGUUCAAAUAUAGUCACUCAAUUGCUGACCUUAUUUGGUGCUCUAGUAUGAGGCUAGCUGCAGGUGCCUGUUCUCUUCUUGGCAAUUAACCACCUUGGAAAGUUUAGAAAAAUAGGUUUUUGUAUAAUUUAUCACUAAUUUAGAGCUUCUGGCUUCUCAGUCGCAUGUAAAUUUCAUUCCGCCAAAAUGCACAUUAGCAAUCUAAAAUUCAUGAUGCAGUUUGGGAGGAUUUGAUUAUUAAAAGAGUUUUUUUUUUUUUUUU